UUCCUCUUUCACUGCACAAACACAUUCUGCAGAAGUUUGGAUGAACAGCUCGUCAUCUCUCGACAGCUGUGAUGGAUGUUGUUCUGGCAGUUGUCACUUUGCUCAUCACUCUGAUGCAAGGUGUAUCUUGUAACACCUGGGGUGUGACGCUGCCCCGAAGCAUCAUGGGCAUCGCUGACUCCUGCGUCACAAUCCCUUGUCGUUUUGAGAUCCCCAACAAUGAGGAAGCAAACUUUGUAAACUGUUCGGAUGGUGGUAUUUGGAGGAGAGGAAGCAUUGGCGGUCGUUAUGUCCUCAAUGCACGCAAUCCUAGCUCUAACAUGCUACAAGGGCAAAUAGUCGGAGACAUACUGAAGAAGAACUGCACAGCAUUGUUCCGUGUUUUCCCAAAGAACUUCAACGACAUGUACUUCUUCAGGCUGGAGUGUUUAAACCACAUUAAGUUCACUUUUUCUGAUGGAGUCAACAUUAGCGUCCAACCAGAGCUGCCUCCUCCCCGGCUGAUUUCUAAGAGUCCGUUGUCAGAGGGAGACCGGGUGACCCUGCAUUGUGUAGUCCCACUUCCCUGCUCCAUCCUGCCCCCCUCCAUCACCUGGUACCCCCGAGACGACUCCAGGCAAGAGCGUACUAUCACAGAUCAGGUGACCAUGAUGUCCACUGUGCACUUCAUCGCCUCAGCCGACCAUAACAACCAGACCAUCAGCUGUUCUGUCUCGUACCCGCUGACAGCAGGUGGCAGCAGCCUGCCGUCUGCAACCACUCAGAGGCUCAACAUCCUGUAUGCUCCCAGAGCCACCGUGGUAACACUCAACAUGCCUGUUCCUGUUCCUGAGGGCCGCACGGUGAUCUUUACAUGCCAGAGUGAUGCAAACCCACCUGUGAGCCUCUACAUCUGGUUCAGAUUCAACAAUGGCAACCUGACUAAGAAGGGGCAGGGAGAGAUGCUGAUCCUGCAGGCCCGUCCGGAGGACAGCGACUUGUACCUGUGUGAAGCUCAGAAUGAGAAGGGCUCUCAGAGGUCCAGACCCGUGUUUCUGGAGGUCAACAUCACUUCAGGUGGUAGUGAAUGUGUCGUGUUACUUCCCUACAUUCUGUUUGGAGUCGUGUUGGUGCUGUAUAUCCUGACUGCUGUUGUGGUUGUGUGGAAAUAUCAGAGUAUCUCCAGGAGGCUGAAGCAGAUUGAGCUGAAGGGGGAGCACACCUAUGCUGACCUGAAGACCUGCGGUGUCGCCUCUGACUAUGACCAACUACAGUUUCGACAGCCUAAAACGAUGCCCACUGCUGACGUUCCCAACUAUGAGAAUCCCAUCGCCCUGCAGGCCAAUUUAAGAAAUCAGCCGCCAUCGAAGUGGACCUGAAGGAAGGAGUGAAAGUUUGCAUUAAUGAGGUCUAGAUGAAUGUGUUGAAUUUCAGUGUAUAAGAAGAUUUUGUGUGCAGAGAGUUCAAACGUGUUUAUUUCAUAUUCUUUAUCUACUUGCUAUUUGUGAAGUAUUGUCAAGAUCUGUACGUGUGAAUAAGGAGUUCUUGUUGCUGAGUUCAGUAUAAACAUCUAAAUGAAAAAUAAGGACGUUUAAGAGGAUAAAGACUUCUUUAAUUCCUCAUAAUUCUCAAAUCUUUCUCUACUCUAAACAAAAUAUCCGCUCGGCUCUUUGGGGAUGUUCUGAAGCUUGAGGUUUUACAGCCUGUGACUUUUUAUGUCACAAAACAAAAUCGAGACAUGCAGUAUCGUAAAUGCUGGUAACACUGGUGGUUAGGAGGUUAAACCAGAGUGAGGAUAGAGAGCUAUGCUGACGAUAACACCACAGCCUCAUUUUCCACACAACUUCAGUCAAACUGCUUCAAAAGAUCUUCUUGUACGACACACAAAAAGACGAUGUCACUUCUGCUUCGUUCGUUUCCACUUUGAUCUCUUUGUGACACAUAAUGUUUGGUCAUUUACUGGUGCACAGACACACGCGAGCUCAUGAUACAAAAUAGUUAGUGGUGGAAGAAAUCCUCAGAUCCUUUACUUAAGUGAAAGUUUUAGGACCGCACCAUGAAAACACUCCACCCAAAGUAAAAGUCUUUAUUUAAAGAAAAUUAUCAACAGUUUGAUCACAAAACACAACGCCACAGAUGGCAUGCUGACUGCAAGAAUAUCCACUAAAGCUGUUUUCUGUAAAACUAAAAGUUCAUCACUUUACCAUAGGACAUCUCCAAUGUCAUUUCUAUGAAUUUGGCAGUACAUCCAACCAGCCUGACACCACUGAAGUCAAUUUAAAAUAGGCAGGUUUCCAUUAACCCUCAAAUUGCGCAAAGUGAAACUGCAAAUGUAAAAUAUGCCUGAUGGAAACACGUUCGCUCGCACA